UUAAAUAUCUGUGGUUUGUACUUUGUAGUCGCAUUUUCUUGUCGUUGUCUGUGAACGCUAAUUGCACGUUUUGUACCGGCGAUUUUUACGAAUUCUUCAUAUUUGUGCAAAGAAAGCGGUAGUGUCUUCCUGAAUUGUGUAUAUAUAAAAUUGUUUUAAUUACAAUAUGACUGUUGACGAAGGGAUUGAUAUUUCUAAAGCGGGAGACCGCGGAGUAUUGAAGAGGAUUAUCAAAGAAGGCGAAGGCACCGACACACCUAAUCCUGGUUGUCAGGUUACCGUACAUUACACUGGUACUCUUUUAGAUGGCACUAAAUUUGAUUCCAGUAAAGACAGAAACGAGCCUUUCGAGUUUCAACUUGGAAAAGGUGAAGUUAUAAAAGCAUGGGACAUUGGUGUGGCGACAAUGAAGAAAGGGGAAGUGUGUGUGUUGACAUGUGCACCGGAAUAUGCUUAUGGUGCUGCCGGAAGCCCCCCUAAAAUACCACCUAAUUCUACAUUGCAGUUUGAGGUUGAAAUGAUUGACUGGAAAGUGGAAGACCUCAGUCCUGGUAAAAAGAAGGGAAUCCUCCGGCAUAUCCUAGAGCAAGGGUCUGGUCUUGAUUAUCCUAAUGAUGGGGCACUGGUUACAGUUGAACUUGAGGGUCGGUUACAAGCUGAUGGUAAAGUAUUUGACACAAGAACGUUGAGCUUCCCUCUCGGUGAAGGAACUGAGAACAAUAUAUGUGAAGGUAUUGAAAGGGCCCUGGAGAAGUUUCAAAAAGGUGAAAAGUCCAGAUUGACUAUUGCACCUAAGUAUGGGUUCAAAUCGGAAGGGAAUGCUAGUUUAGGUGUACCUCCGGAUUCGACAUUAGAGUAUAUAGUGAAAUUAGUUAACUUUGAGAAAGCCAAAGAAUCGUGGGCUAUGGACGGAACGGAAAAACUGGAGCAAGCAAAGAUAUUUAAAGAGAAGGGCACCGGGUACUUUAAGAAUAACAAAUUCCAGCUGGCUAUUAAAAUGUACAAGAGGGUUACUAGUUUACUUGAAGAUAUGAUUGAAGAUACAUCAGAGAGUGAAGACAACAAAACACAGGCCAAGGAGUUGCUACUGUCAGCAUAUUUGAACCUCUCCCUGGUUUACCUGAAAGUGACUCCGGCGCAUCACUUUGAGGCGAGGGACUUCGCCACGAAGGCCCUGAAAUUCGACCCUGAGAAUGUAAAGGGUCUGUUCAGAAGGGGCCAGGCACUCCUCGGCUUGGGAGAGGCGGAGCAAGCUAUAGAAGAUUUCCAGAAGGUUGUUAAUGCUGAACCACAAAAUAAGGCGGCCGGUAAUCAGAUAAUCGUGUGCCGUGCAGCGAUACAGAAACAGAAACAGAAGGAGAAGCAGCUGUACGCGAACAUGUUCGACAAGUUCGCCAAACACGACUCGGAGAUUGAAAAAAUCCGAGCGAAAGCAGAAGUAGAUGUGAUAGGUGAGAAGGUGGGAGAGUGGGGCGUGGGAGAAGGAGAGUGGACUGACCAGCAGCGUGACAGAAAGCCCACAGAAUUUGAAAAGGAGAACCCUAACAUACUCAUGCUGGACAAAGAUGGACGUUUCCAGAACAUGUGAAUGUGCUCUUAUAAAUAUUUCACUUUAACACAUUGAAUGCCACAAAGUCACCGAGUUCACUUCUGUAUUAAAUCGUAGUGGUAUCAACAGCCUUUAUCUGCCCACUGUUGGGCAUAGGCUUUUCCCGAUGCCUUCCAAAGUAUGUGGUCUUUUCCUCAGUGGCAUGAAAUGUGUUAAUGUCAUUUAUACAGUAGUAUUGGAUGCGGGUAUGUUUUUUUUUAUAAUUUGAAUUUCUUGAAU